AUGUACAAAGUGAAGUAUCACAGUUACCCAACAUAUAUUUCUGAUCCGAAUUUGUCAAAAAGCAAUCCAAAUACAAUCUUAUCCAUCUUAUGUGUACCCUGUACAUCUUAUGUGUACCCAUGUGUACACAUGGAUACACAGGGUACACAGGAUGAUGGUGUUGAAUUUCUUCCCAUGCUUUAUGAUGGUAAUGAUGCACCAACAAAGUCCAUCACUGUUCAUCAAAGUACCAUGAGGAAAAACCUCAUUGAAAUAUUCAGUGAUCCCAGUAUUUCAUCCUGUCAACUUGAUGUUACUGUCAUUGAUUCAAAUGGCAAUGCAGAACAAGGCAAAGGCAGGGGAGUUCUUCUUGAUGUGCUUACUGAAUUCUGGCAGGCUUUCUUCACUUCACUCACUGUUGGUAGUGCAGAGAAGAUUCCUUUUAUCAGGCAUAAUCUGCAGAAACCUGAAUGGGAAGCUAUUGCAAGAAUCUUGGUUUAUGGUUACAAGACUGUUAAGUACUUCCCUCUGAAACUUUCUCAUCUAUUCUUGGCAUCAUGCUUGUUUGGUGAAGAAAGUAUUACACCAGACUUGCUUCUAGCAUCAUUUAGAGAGUACAUUGCAGCUGAAAAUAAGGAGGUCUUAGACAAGUGUCUCAGUGAUGCUUUCGACCCAGAGGAUAAAGAAACAAUUGAAUUCCUCUCUGCAUUAAAGUGCCUCAGGUUGCCCAACAAAAACAACAUUGAAACAAUAAUCAUGGAGUUGGCUCACCAAGAAUUGGUUCAGAAACCAAGAUAUGUAUUAAACAGCUGGGCCCCUAUUCUGGAUUCACUGCACUUUGAUUACAGUUUUCAAACCCUUGAAGGUCUCAAGGAACUAUAUGACAGGAAGCGCCCAACAGCUAGGAAAAUCAAUAACCUGUUCAAGGCAGAGCCAUCUAAUGAUGCUGAACGGCAGAGUCUGGGACAUCUUAAAAGGUUUGUCCAAUCCUUAGAAGGAAAGGCAUGGGCCAAGUUCCUUCAUUUCUGCACAGGAAGUGACGUCAUUACAUGUGAUGACAUUGAAGUGUCCUUCAUUUCUUUGGAAGGUCUCCAACGACGCCCUGUGGCUCGCACAUGUGUACCACUGCUAGAGCUACCAACUACGUAUGAAUCGUAUCCAGCUUUGGUAGAAGAAUUUACUAAUAUCAUGAAAGAAGACCAAGCAUGGUCUUUUGACAUGAUUUAGGUGUUUACUUGAAUGUCUUCUUAGCCUGCAUUUCAGCUCAAUUGGUUGGGUUUUCAUUUGAAGACCUGUGAUCUCUAAGCAAUGUAGGAGAGGGAUUAGUUAAAAAAAAAAUUUCUGUAUCCAGACCCCAUUUGCCCUGCUGCCACCCUUGACUCGCUGGUUCCAAUGUGCCAGUUCUGCUGCUGUGAGUCACUGAAAAGCCCAGCCAAGAGAGCAUGCCAUGAGUGGAUUAUUAGCAAACUGCACUUUACAUUCACUUUCAAGACAGUCCUUCUACCGCUAAUUAUUUGUAGUCACAAAAACCUGAGAAGGGCUUUUGCAGAAACCAUUUCUACAAUUAUUACACAGCACAGCUGACUUUGUUCUAAGUUUCACAAAAUUAUUUAGAUGUCUAUUGCCUGAGAAAGGUUAGUUGAAUUUAUAAAACACCACACAAGUUGGUUAUAGCUUUACAAGAGAAAAGUAAAAACACAAAUGACAAUUGUCACUGAAUGUUUGUCAUUUCUUUUGAGCUUUUGGCAUUGCGUUAUCAUUUCAUAUGUUGAGUUCUUGCAAAACUAAACAAAUAUGUACCAGUAAAUUUAAAUUACUGUA